AUAUAAAAUAAGAGAGCGCAGUAGUUCCAGUACGUCAGAGAAAUAUGAUAUAGUGCUAACAGAAUAACCACGACCGCUGUAAGUACACAAGAAUGCUAAUAACCGAUGGCACGUUCGACUAUCGUUUUUUUAACAAUGAAAAAGAUUAUCGCUUCGAUCGUCGUCAGUGUCCUACUCUUUAAAUUGGUAAACUGCAAUGAUUACGAUAACGAUAAUCAAUGGCCAAACAUUGGCAAGGCGUAUGCAUGUGUGAACGGCACGUGUGUCUUGGCGAAAUUCCAAACGACCGAAAACGAAAACGGCCAAUUAAACGGAUCUCUUGAAGUAUGCCGAAUGGUUUGCGGUCAAAGCGGAUCUCUAUGGCCAAUACCGACAGUCAAGACUUCAAUCGGAAAAUCAGUCGUCGUUUUCGGGUUGGACAAAUUGAAAUUUGAUUUUACCCGCGUGGCCGGCGUACUCGGUGUGGAAUACUUGAAGGAAGCGUCGCAAGUGUUCGUAGACUGUUUGAAGAAACUCUGCAACCCCAAGUGCGUUACUACCGUGCAACAACCCAUCGUUUACGUUAACACAUCGGCGCCUUUCGAUAACAUAAGAUGGAACACCGACGAAAGUUACCAACUGGAUAUCAUCACACGUGGCGAUCAAACGGCGAUUAACAUAUCAGCGCCGACCGUUUAUGGAGCGAGACACGGUAUAGAAACCCUUCGCCAAUUGAUAGCGACUUAUGGGUCACGAUCUUCGGGUAAGAAAUUAGCGAUGGCCGCCAAUGUUCACAUAGUCGAUCGUCCGAAAUAUCCGCACCGAGGAUUCAUGUUGGACACGUCAAGACGGUUUUUCUCGAUUUCGUCAAUAAAAAGAAUCAUUGACGGUAUGGGCCAUUCCAAACUCAACGUGUUCCAUUGGCACGCAACCGACACGCAUAGUUUCCCAUUGGAUUUACCCAGUGUCCCCCAAAUGUCCAAGUAUGGAGCGUACAGUCCCGAAAAGACAUAUUCAUACGGUGAAAUUAAAAACCUUCUCCGGUACGCUCUGAUCAGAGGAGUGAGAAUUAUUAUGGAAAUCGAUUCGCCAUCACACGUUGGCAACGGAUGGCAAUGGGGCGAGUCUGCCGGUUUGGGAAACAUGGUAGUUUGUCUUGGAAAACAUCCGUGGUGGAAAUAUUGUGUGCAACCGCCUUGUGGUCAACUCAAUCCGCUAAACAUUAACACGUACAAGUAUUUAGGAAAAAUAUACAAGGAUUUAAUCGACCUGUUUCCAAAAGGAGAAGCGUUCCAUAUGGGAGCCGAUGAAGUAGCUAUUCAAUGUUGGAAUACAACUACCGAAAUCGUUGACUGGAUGAAAACUAAUAAAAACAAUCUGAGCUUAGAAUCGUACUUUGAAUUGUGGUCAGAAUUUCAAGAUAAAGCGUUGACAGCUUACGACCAAGAAGUCGGUAAUUCCGAUUCCGACAUAAUCGUCUGGACUAGCGGUAUAACAGAUUCUGGUAUCAUAGAAAAAUAUCUUGAUAAAAACAGAUACAUUGUGCAAGUUUGGCAAGGUUCACUAGUUCCCGUGGAGUUGGCCAAUUUAGGGUACAAGGUGAUAUUGUCCGACGAAAACAUCUACUAUCUUGACCACGGGUUGAGGCCAUCUACACAUUAUCAUUCUUGGAAAGAGAUCUACAAUACGCCCAUACCCAUAGUCAAUAAUCCUGAUCUUAUUCUAGGAGCAGAGACAUGUUUGUGGACGGAAUACGUUGAUGAAUUUGGCUUGGACUUGAAAGUGUGGCCGAGAGCUGCAGCUGUGGCUGAGAGGUUUUGGUCAAAUCCGUUAAUUUCAGACACAUCAUCGGUCGAUGCAGCUGAAUACAGGCUGUUAGAACACCGCAAACGACUCAUAUCCCUUGGAAUUCAACCGGAGAGUAUUCUCCCAGAAUGGUGUGAGGAUCAAGAAGGCAAGUGCAUCGUCGGUUACUAGACUGAAUGACAAAAAAAAGAAGCAUCAAUGCCACAUCAAUUUUAUUUUCAUAUAAUAUCAUCCUGCCAAAUGCCAUACUACGAUUUUCUAACGUUUUCUAAUAUAAAAUAUAUUGUUUUAACUAUUAUACGAAUUAUAUGCUUAAAUAUUAUAUUUUAAGUCAUUGUCGAGUGACAGUUGUUCAAAACAUAAUUGGUUAGUUCAUUUCUAGCCUCAUUAACUUAUCCCAGAGUAGACAAUGGCCAGGUUCAAUUACACAUAUAAAUGUAUUCAAUUACAAAUUACUAAUUGCAAUAAGUCGAUGUACUUAAACACAAGAUACCAACUAAGCCGACAACUUUUUGAAGUAGACAACGCUAUAUUGUGUUAUCCACGAAAUUGCAUCUACCAUGAAUUUAAUGUGUGCUUGUUGAUUAUAUUAUAAGUAUUUUGUGAUAUUUGGAGCGAUUAGACAUUUCAUUCGAGACAUGAGUGAAAGUUGUUUUACGCUAUAUUAGUAGUAGUUUGUUGUAUUAUAAUAUUAUAUUGAACAAAUAAU